UCCCUUACUUCAGCGCCAGUCUCCCCGAGAGCGGGAAAGGGGCAGGUGGUGGGGUCCGCCCCUCUCCUCAUGAUGGCGCUGCUCUGGCUGGGCCUGGCGGGCUGCUUUUUGGCCGCGCUGCUGGCUUUGCGUCUCCCGCCUCUGAAGCUUCCUCUUUCUCCUUCCGGCCCCGGUUCCGCCUCACUCAGCCCGGCGGCGCUGCUUUUCCAGGACCUGCUCCGUUACGGGAAGACCAAAUGCGGCUGCGGGCAGCGCCCCGCCCAGCUCUGCCACCUUGAUCUCCCCAAGAGGUGGUUCUAUCACUUCUAUAUUGUAUCCGUCAUUUGGAACGGUUUCCUGCUCCUGGUGCUUCUCCAAAGCUUGCUGGUGUCCUGGCCUUUCCCCAUCUGGCUCCAGAACCUGUUAAGCAUUCUGGAUGGAGCAUUGCAGAACCCAGAUGGAGGCACGCUCACUUCUGUGAAUGGAGGAGAGUCCCUGUCCGCUCUCCUGGUGUGCCUUUUUGUCUGGUUAAGCAGCUGUCGGCGAUUAUUUGAGUGUCUUCACAUCAGCGUAUUCUCCGGAGGUGUCAUUCAUAUUGUACAGUACUGCUUUGGACUCUGUUACUAUGUCCUGUUGGGCUUGACGGUUUUAUGCCAAGUCCCAGCCAACGUCAGGCAAGGCAAAAAUUCUCAACUAGCAGUCUAUUGGCAUCACGCCCUUGGAUUGUUGGUGUUUAUUUGGGCCUCUAUUCACCAACACAGAUGCCAUGUAAUCCUAGCUAACCUUAGAAAAAAUAAAUCAGGAAAAGUUGUGAACCUGAACCAUGACAUUCCAUUUGGGGACUGGUUUGAAAUGGUGUCGUGUCCUCAUUACUUUGCUGAGCUCCUGAUAUACAUAUCAAUGGCUAUCAUAUUUGGAUGUAAAAAUUUAACUUGGUGGCUGGUAGUGAUGUAUGUGUUCUUUAACCAGGCAGUGAGUGCUGUUUUGUGUCACGAAUACUACCAGAACAACUUUAAACACUACCCCAAAUGUCGCAGAGCAUACAUACCUUUCCUUCUAUAGCCAGCUUAUUUGAAAGCCUCAUCCAAAAGGAAAUUGAAAUCUGAAGUAUUCGGUGUGCAAUGGGUGGCUUUGGGUGAAAUCAGAUUGUCACAUGUGGAUCUGAAAUGCCUAGAUAAUUUAUUUUAAGUAGGCAAUGCUGUGGUGCAUAUGAAAACAACAAAUAUUCAUGACAUUAAGGAGAAGCACACCAUAUUCAUACUGCAUAUUUCUGCAGAACUAAAUCCCACUGAGUUGAGUGGAUUAUUCCACAAAACAGUUGAUGGGACUAAACCUGUGAAUGUGGGUUUAUACUUUUUGUAUGAUAUACAAGUACAAAAGAAUGGUGCCCACAAUAUUACUGACAAUGUAGAUUUUCGGUCCUCUCUAUGAAUAUUUCAUAUGGUCAAAUGGUACACUGUUUUUAUGAAACUAUUUUCCAUCUAUUGUAUAGAGAAUAUGAAUGUAAUAUUUAUACAUAUUUAAUAAAAGCUUUUUAAUCAGAUAA